AUGGAAAAACUGAGCUCAUGGUUACAUGAACGCACUAAAAAAAGAAAGGAGCUGAAAAAGACUAUUCGAAACUUUUGGAAUGAAGAAAUAUCUUUAGAUGAAGAACCAGAGAAGGGCAUUUCAAAUGUACAAAAUAUUAUUGAACAUUUGAAAGAUAAAAGAAGGUCCUCUUUUGAAAGAGACUUAUCUUCAGGUGAGGAUGCUGCUUCAAUUAGUUCGAAAAGUGGUAUUAACAGUUGCAUUGAAGAAAGGAUUGAGGACGAUAAUAUCUUUGGUCCAUCUGUUUCUGAAAUUCAAGAAAAAAUAAUGAAUCAAAACCUGAAUUAUGGAGCAGCUCUUUUACAUGGUGAAGGCGAGGCUAUGGCACAAUUUGUGCAAGCAGGGAAAAGAAUACCGAGAAGAGGUGAGGUUGGAUUAACAGGGGAACAGAUUGAAUCGUUUGAGAAGGUAGGAUAUGUAAUGAGCGGAAGUAUGCAUAAGAGAAUGACUGCCGUAAGAAUCAGAAAGGAGAAUCAGGUUUAUACGAUGGAGGAGAGAAGAAGUAUAGCUCUUCAGAACGAAAAACAAAGAUUGCUAAAGGAGUCACAAUUGAUAGGAGAGCUUCGUGAACUCAUAAAAAAAGAAGAAAAAAAGCUUUAG